UCCAGUGCAGGCGCGACAACUCUUGUAUCCUUGUUCCCGGUAAAACAUUCGUGAGACCAUGAAUUUUAUAUACAUUGAGUAAAUAAAAUCAAGCCCCCUAGCGAUACUGAUUUAGAAAAUUCUAGAAGGAGAACAGAGAAAGAGCCUGACAUCUUUAAAAAUUUCAUCGAGUCUAUCCGCUGCCAUCAGUUAAAUUACAAGUCAUAAUGCCUCCCAAAGCUAGAAAGAGAGGACGUAUGGACAGUCAAGCAAACCCGGCCAAAAGAAAAAGAAGACCUAGCCGACGUUUAAUCGAGGCACAACACUCGGAUAAACCCCAAGCGUCAGACAAGCCAGAGACGCCGCAAGCAGUGGCACAUGAGGCAGCACCUUUAUUGGCAAGGGAAAGCGCCAGUGACCAGAUCGGACAGGGUCCGUCACAGCAAGACACGGGUGCAGUGGCGUCGGUUUCGGGCUUUGGCUCCACAAGCAGACCCAGCACCAAUCCAAUUGCCCCUAGAAAUCUGGGAGAUUUGACACUGGAAACCAAUAAACUGUUAAAGGCCUCUAUGGCUGAGAAUACUUGGCACACAUAUAAGGCAGCUUUCCAAAGUUUCAAUCAUUUCAGAGUAGGCGAAUUGGCUUGUAAAUCGCUGAGAGGGAAGGACUCAAGACCUUUGCAACAAAACGACAUUGACAUCAUUCAAGUUAAUGGACACAAGCAGGUUAAGCUGACUAUAAGACAAUCAAAAACAGACCAAUUAGGUAACAAGGCCACCUUGUUUUUGUUUAGUACAGGAGGACCAGCUUGUCCUGUUUCUACCAUAAGUAAUUUUUUAGGGGUUCGAACUCGAGGCUCACCAAGUGCUAAUCAAUUCCUGGUGCAUUUCGAUGGUAAGCCUUUAACACGUUACCAGUUUUCUGCCCUGUUAGCUAAAACUUUACAAUUCUGCAACAUCAAGAAUGGGCGUUAUAGGUCACAUUCAUUUCGCAUAGGGGCAGCAACAGAGGCAGCAAUGAGGGGCAUACCUGACCAAAUAAUCAAAGAAUGGGGCAGAUGGAAGUCGGGGGCAUACUCUUCAUACAUUAGAUUCACAUAA